AUGCCCAGUGAAAACAGCACGAUUACUCUUUUCGAGAAAGAGGAUAUCCUAUCCAGCAAACUACUCUUGGGAAUAAGCAUCUCAAUAAUCAUCUUGUUUACAAUUUUGGGAAAUUUCUUGGUGUUUUUAGUUGUUGUUAUGAACAAAAAACUUCAGACCAGAACAAACUGCUUCAUUGUAAGUCUGGCUGUAGCAGACUUCUGCGUGGGAAUGUUAGUGAUGCCACCAGCUUUGGUACUGGAGUUAACCGAAGGAUACUGGCCUUGGAGUCAAAACGUCUGCUCCGUUUGGAUUGCGCUUGAUAUUAUGAACUCAACUGCCUCUAUUCUAAAUCUGUGUGUUGUUGGAGUUGACCGAUUAUUUGCGAUAACCUCUCCGUUCUCUUACGACACCAAGCGAUCUGCCGUGCGAACGACGUGUAUGAUUACAGGCGUGUGGAUAUGUUCUGCUCUGUUAUCGUUUGUGCCAGUGUUCCUGGGAUGGAACAGUCCCGGUGAUUACAAAAUACCACUCGCCCAUCAAUGUACCUUCACUCUGAGUCUUGCUUAUGCUGUAACAUCUUCGUGUGUUUCAUUCUAUGUACCACUCCUUGUCAUGCUAUGUACGUAUGUUAGUAUUUUUCGCGCUGCCCAACGACAAUCCAGGCAGGUGAGUGAUCUGGACGCAUCAAACUUUCGUAAUGGCGUUAACAUUGUCAACGUAAACAGUGCAGACGACUUCAGCCAGGCAUAUCGUCGCAAACUAACAGUGAUAUUAGCACGUGAAAGAAAGGCAUUCAAGUCAUUAGGUAUUAUAAUGGGUGUGUUUGUUAUUUGCUGGUUGCCUUUCUUUAUUUGUAACGUAACGGAUCCGCUCUGUCAUGGAUGCGUGCCACCAAUGGUGUUCAGCAUAUUCACUUGGCUUGGUUGGGUGAACUCUAUAUUCAAUCCUAUCAUCUACGCCUAUCUUAACCGCGAUUUCCGUCGCGCCGCCAAAAUGCUACUGACCGGCCGCCGCUGUCGGCGUCACGUGACAGAUCACGACAUGGCAACAGAUUUAGAAACAUACGCACUGUCCAAAGCAGCAACCGCCAAACAGCAAUGA